CUCUGCACCUCCACGUGGUGUCACCUGGUAACUCAGUGAGCGCAAGCUUGCUGAGGCCAACGCAGAGACGACCCCCUUUACCUGUGAGUUGUUCCCAGUCUUCAGUUCUCACCUCGUCUCGCCAUGUCGUUACAGUCUUGCCAUGUCAUCGCCCUCCUGCCAUGUCGUCGUCCUCUUGCCACGCUGUCCUCCUCUUGCCACGCUGUCCUCCUCUUGCCACGCUGUCCUCCUCUUACCAUGUCGUUGUCUUGCCAUGUCGUCGUCUUAUCAUGUCGCCGUCUUAUCAUGUCGCCGUCUUGCCAUGUCGUGCCAUGUUGUGCUAUGUCGUCGCCUUCCUAUCAUGCCAUCGUUGUCUUGCCAUGUUGUCGUCCGUGGCUUGUCGUGUCAUGUCGUUGUAGUCUUUCCAUGUCAUAGUUGUCUUGCUAUCAUCAUUGUCUUGCCAUGUCGUUGUAGUCGCGCCAUGCCGCUGUCUUGCCAUGACCUCGUUGUCUAGCCAUGUUGUCGUGUCGGUAUGUUGUCGUGUCGGUAUGUUCUCGUGUCAGUAUGUUCUCGUGUCAGUAUGCUGUCGUGUGGGUAUAUUCGUGUUAGUAUGUUGUCGUGUGUCGGU